CACGCUCGUUCUGUUUUUAGAUGGCAUGGCUUCUAGGUUAACCAAUGCGGUCUUGUACGCCUCUAUCCCAGAUCUAUCCAUCCCAUACUUCCUGGCUACUGCGAUCACCGAAGGGGCCCGUCGCACACACGGCCGUCUGAUCAUCGUUCUCACCUCACCCGUAUUCGCGGACAGUCAGGCCGUCUCUCAUGCCGCCACUUGGAAGCUAGUACAAACGCUGCUUACGUUCGUCUACGUGCAAACGACCAAAGUUGCGCAGGAGAUGAACAAGAUUCUAUUGGAAGUGGAUGUGCUCCUCCGCGGCCCUCACGACGCGGCGCCGGAAUAUCCCACUCCGCCGGAAGCGGUAUUUUAUGUCGAUGGCGAUUCGAUUGAGAUCCCGUCCGCUUUCGCUACGCUCCCCCGUUUCGUACUUCCGAGAGAGAGCGCGCGGAGGACCGAAGCAGUAGUACUCGACACCGCGCACCAUCACCCCUCGAUGUAUCCCGUCGUAGCUCUGGGCGGGACUUUCGAUCAUCUCCAUGCGGGGCACAAAAUCCUUCUCAGUGUCGCCGCAUGGCUUGCGUCGUCCAAGCUCAUCAUCGGCAUCACGUCGGAUGCUCUACUCACUCGCAAGACAUACGCGAGUGUCCUGGAAUCGCUAUCCCAACGCAAAUCGGUGACCGAACGGUUCAUGCGCGCGUUCCGGCCCGAUCUUGUGUACGAUCUUGUUGAGAUCAGUGAUGUUUAUGGCCCAACUGGAUGGGACCCAGACAUCCAGGCCCUGGUCGUGAGCAAAGAAACCCUUUCUGGCGCAGAUGCCAUUGCCACUCAUCGCGCGGCGCAGAACCUGCCAGCCUUGGAGACAUUUGUGAUCGAUGUUAUAUCGACUACUUCGACUAGCCUCAGUGAAACAGAUGCUGAUGCUUUGCGACAAGCGAAGAUGAGCAGCACCUACAUUCGCCAAUGGAUUGCGGAGAAUCAGAGGUCCACUUGAGAGCUCAGUUGCGAUUCAUAUAUCCACCCGCCUCGUAACUGAAGCCCAUUCUGUAUUAUUUCUCUGGAUGUACCAAUUCUCCGUGAAUCUCACGGUCUGUUCUCUGCAGAUUUCGGAUGGGUCUCUUCUGUUCUGAUUCAGUAUCGGAUUAGAUCGUGUACCAACCACGUGCUGUCAAGAAGCCUGCCGAGCCUGCCGACGACGAUUGACACAAGUACAUAACUUGCAUGUCAACCAUGAUGAUUUCGAUUCUGGGGGUCUCACUAUUUCUCGGCUCUUGACCUCGAUAUGGCUCCUGUCCGUUUAUCUAUAGCAUGCUGGGAUUAUGAUCGCAUGAAAGCUAUUGAAGACGGCCGUGUGAGGCCAGAGGGUAUCGAAUUGACGUUCUUGAACCUUAGGGUGGAGGAAACCUUCUUCCGCCAGCUGAGAUAUCAGGAGUUCGACAUCAGCGAGAUGUCCCUGUCGUCCUAUGUGCUCACGCUCAACUCUGAUGAUCCUCCGUUCAUCGCACUGCCGAUCUUCCCGUCGCGAAUGUUUCGUCAUCAGUCGAUCUACGUAAACCUCAAAGCAGGAAUCCAGAAACCAGCGGACCUCGCAGGCCGCCGCAUCGGCACACCCGAGUUCCAAAUGACUGCGCCUGUCUGGCAACGGGGCAUCCUGCAAGAUCAGUACGGUCUGCAGUACGACGCCCCGCAUUACUUCACGGGGAAUGUCGAGCCCUCGACCGAAGAGCGUCACGAGAAAGUCCCUCUGAAGUUGGCGGAUAGCGUCAAGAUCCAGCCCAUCCCGAAAGGAAAAUGUCUCGCUCAGAUGCUGGCUGAUGGGGAGAUCGACGCACUCGAGAGCGCAACCGCGCCUUCGACCUUUGGCACGCACCCUGACGUCGGUAGAUUGUUCCCAAACGCACAGGAAGUUGAAAAAGCCUACUUCAAGGAAACUGGGAUCUUUCCCAUCAUGCACGUGAUUGCUGUGAAGCGCUCGGUUCUGAAGGAGAAUCCGUGGAUUGCACGGUCGUUGACCAAAGCGUUUACCAGCUCCUUGGAAUAUGCCUAUGACGCAAUCCACGAAAGAGCUGCUCUGCGGUCAGGAUGGUGAUAGCAUCUCCAAAUCUCAACUCGCUGACUCGCUCGCAGCUACAUCUUGCCAUGGAUGCAAUUCCAUGUUGAGGAGACACAGGCCGCGUUGUGCGUUGACGGGCAGGCCAAAUGGUGGCAGGAUGGGCUCACCACUCAGAAUGUCCGGACUCUGGAUAAAUUCCUCGAGGUAUGCCUUCUUUCUCAGCUUCUGCAAGCAUUGAAAUCUGACGCCGCACAGUAUUCGUUCAGCCAAGGUCUGGCAAAGAAGAAAUGGGAAGUCAAAGAACUGUUUGCUCCGGGUUCCCUCGAGGCCUUUGUCGUGUAACUGUAGAUCCGAGGGCUCGAUUUUCACCUAAAAACGGUCGUCAUUCUAAAUCCAAUUGGUUGUGCAUUACCCCUUGCCAUCUUUGGGUUAGUGGACUCGUUAUUGGCAACGGCGCAAGCACUUGACUGAACGCAAGCGAUGAAUUGGAUUAUUCUCGCUCUCAAGGAGUGCAAUUGGAAAAAAACCCUAGCGGGAGGUCCAAAGACACUCUGAACUCUUCUGCUGAACCCAUUCACUACAUUCCGUGGCCUGAUAGUCCCCGUUGGGGGCUAGAUGGCUGGCCCACUGAUGGUCUCCCAUAGC